AUGUCCAGUUCCAAAGAUGUUGCAAAGAGUUACCAGCAAGUGUCACUUUUUCAAAGAGAGCAUGGAAAAAUGCUGAUUGACGAUAUAGAGAUUCAUCGAGGACAUAUCCUAGAUUUGGGCUGUGGCACUGGAGAAUUGUCUGUGUAUCUUUCCGAGCUCGUAGGACAAGAUGGAAGAGUCGUUGCCGUUGAUCCCGACAGUUAUCGAGUAGAAGUGGCGCGAGAAUCACACAGGGAAGUCAAAAAUCUCGAAUUUCAAGAAGGAAGCUCUGCCAGCUUCCCAGGAAUGGGCUCGGAGACUUACGACGUCAUCUUCUCCAACUUUGUGUUUCACUGGAUUAAGGAUAAAGAAGAAGCAUUCAAGAACAUGUUUCGGAGCCUGAAACCAGCAGGGAAAAUUGUCCUGACUUACGGCGAUCGCUUACCUUCCAUCGUCCAUAAAAUUUAUCGUGAACUUCAAAACUCAGAAAGCAUGGAACGUAUGCUAAGUAAACGUUGGUACGAGAGGAGGGCAAACAUGGAAGAGAUGUGUUCGGCUGCAGGAUUCGAAAUCGUAAAAAGUGUCGACGUCAAAAUGGAGGAUCAGGAGUUCGAAAAUGUUGAAAGCUUGUGCUCAUUUAUCUUGGCAACUAAUCAAGGCAGGUUUGUUUCAGAGCUAGCCACAAGAGAUAAGGUGUCAAGGUUUUGUGCUCUGUACACAAGCGGAGAAAAUUCUAAACCGUUGACGGUUUAUACUGAUGAAGGAGAUUAUUACUGCGUACUGAUUGCAGCCAAACCAUAAAUAAAAUUGCCGGCCUUUUGGAUUGUAAUUAAAAUUACCAUUAGAGCAGGUUGUUUAAGUAUUCGGGUUCUAGUAGAAUCUGAAAUAUGUCGUUUUAACCUUAAAUUUUGUAUUGUAAACAAAACUUAUUACCAUUUCUUUUAAGUUUGCAGAGCGCUAGGCAGAUUGCGUGUCAACAGCAAAACAUUUUUGUCACUGAUGGAACUGCUUUGUAUCGUUGAGAAUCAGUUCAAGUAGUAAACUUUGAUUUUGUUUUCCCUGAAAACCACUGAUGUGAUCUCGGUACUAGCGUUUAUGCCGCAGGUGAUUGAACAUUUUCCUCUGUU